UUUCACGUAAUUUAACCAAUGAAUAAAACCAUGGUUAGAUCUUACAAAUGUGUUCUAUAAAUGGUUCACAAUAAUUACCAACUUACUCAUACUGAGGCUAGGGAUAGGCUUAUUGCCUUUGAAUCCUCUAAAUUAAGCCCACACUCGAAUAAUUCUAACAAAUUAGACCUUUAUGACGACGAGUGUCUUUAUUUGCUCGGCCUCAUGGCCGGAGAGUCUUUUUUGUUUAAUAAGUCAUUGAGGUUGAAGGUUAUUAGAGGAUCAGCCCAGGUUGGAGGUCACAUCUAUCGUGUAAUGGACAGUUACCGGAAAUUCAUUGUAUCACCAUGGGAUCCUUCAGAACGAUUAUUAUCUUUGUGUUUGGAUGAAACUCACAAUUGUAAUUCACAGACCCUUGAAGAUCCUAAUUCAUGUAAAUUUUGUGAGGAUGUUCUAACACAAUUCCACGGUGGUUCAUGCUGUCAAUUCGUUUCAACAUACAACUCAUUGAGGGCCUCUUUCAUGAAGGGAUUUGGCAUAGAGUAUGAGAAUAGUUUGGAAAGAAGUAGAAAAUAUACCAAAUAUGAUCAACACAUUAAAUUUUAUAAAUCGCAAACUGGCCAGGACUAUGAUACUAUUGUAAUGUUAACGGAACUUUCAAGCUGUUUUGGAACAGUAACAGUCCCAGAGGCACUAGAUACGGUUUAUCCACCAAAAAUUAUUAGUAAACAAAUAUUCACUGUUUAUGAAAAGUUUCUUGGAUUGUGUGUAUCUGGGAACCCAGUAAUUAUGUUACACGGGGACAAAAGUUAUGGAAAAUCAACAUUAGUUGCUUAUACAAUCAAUUACUUGCUCAAUUUCGUUUCUAACGUGUUUCUGAUGGAUGUUGAUGUUGGACUACCAUUUUUAUCAGCUCCAGGUUUAAUCACACUUACACUGAUAUCGGAGAGUGUUACAACGCCUAGUUACAAUUUGGUUAGAGAAGCCAAGCCCAUGAUUUCAUUACUGUUGGGAGAUAUUAAAGUAUCAAACUCGCCUCUGUUCUUAACGCAUGUUAAAAAAUGCUUUGACCUCUAUGAGAAGAGUAGAAGGAACGUAAGAGCUCCAUUGGUCAUUAACACAUUUGGAUGGAUUACCGGAAUGGGUGCACAAGUGUUGGAAGCAAUAGCGUCAAUAACAAAAGUUGAGAUACUGGUUAAACUUGUAAACUUACCAAAGGAUCAAGCACUUGAGAUUAGUGGUCAUGAGGACUUGAAGGAAAGGUUAGAAAAACUUAACACUUUAGAUGGUGAAUAUCUACAAAAGCCGACACAAAAUCAUAAAAUUGACACGUAUCCAUCAUUCACUGAUCUGGUACAAAAACUAGGAGGAAGUUUGCCUUGGGAUAAGACUAACAGGGAGUACUAUGUUUCAUCAUUCCAGAACUAUUUACACCUCCUCAAAAGCUUUAAUUUCUGUGCAAACUGUAAACUACAGCGAUUCUAUGGACUCACACUUAAGAGAGAAUUGGUGCACCCGUCGGAUACAAGAUGGCUUAGAUUUUGCUCCUAUUUCAAUAGUGGAUUCUCAGAAGCACUUCAUUUUCCGCAGUUUAGACACGAGGAGUUCUUCGGAAGUGUGGAGACCUAUAACUUUAAACAAAACGUGAAAUUUGCAGAAAAGUUUGAUCCCCCGAUACAAAUUGAACUUGACGCGAACAAAUACACAUUUGUUACACAAACCGACAUUAUCCCAUCAGAUUACUCGCAGUUGGUUCCAAUGAUAAGUGGUUGCCUUGUGGGAUUGUGUGAGGGGGAUUCAAACGAGGUUUUUAGAAGACGUAUUUUCCACCAAUGGAGGUUUAUAUGCUAUGCGUAUGUCCAUUACAUGGACACGAACAAUCUCACAUUGCUGGUAUCAUUUCCAAGUAAUAAAUCAAGGGAAAAGGUAAAAAGAAGUAACAUUAUAGUGUUGUGUUUGUCGUACGGAUUUGAACCUCUGCCUAGCAGGUUGUGCCCACUCAACAGUUAUCCGACGAGAAGUACACCAAAACUGGAACAUUUAAACUCUGAGAUGUACCCCUUCAGAAGAAAUGAAAUGUUACAUAUGGUAGGAGCGUAUGGAGCAGGAACAUCAGCUCCUACCCAAAGAGCUAAUCUUAAAAGAUUACACAGAGAAUAA